ACCUGUGGCUGGUUUUAGUUAAUUUAUUUGUAAAUUUACCUUAAGCGAUUUAAAAGCCGAUACAAAUCAAAGAAAUGUGGAACAUCUCGGCGAAUGAACUUAAAAAAGGGAAAAAUGAUCUGGUGGAGAUUCCGUCCGGCAAAGAGAAAGAUCUUAUAAAGCCGGAGAGAAUGAGUUCACUGCUUAACAAACGGAUCGGCCCGCCUUUUAGACGAAAUCAACAGCCGUAUAUGAGGACAAUCCCCCAGAACCGCCAGGUGCUCCUCCAGAACAUCAGACGGGAUCGCGAGGUCCUGGGUGCCUACCUCAAAAGAUUAACGCGGCAACGAGAAGGAACCACCGCCCCUGCAACAGCAACAGCUGCUCCUAAUCCUAACCCUUCUGCUUCCCAGAGCAACAGCUACGACCUGUUCUUCGAGAGCGCCUGCAUCACGGUCAAGGGCCUGCCGCCGAAACUGGCCGCUGAGGCCAAGAGCCGCAUCUCGCAAAUCAUCACCGAGUUUGAGAUUCGCGCUAUCUCGGAUAUGGAAGCUAAGAAGGAGGGCCAGUGGCAGGGACAGUCGAGAAUGAAAGAUGCAUCGGGAAUUAUCUACGAGUUUCGCCCCUGCUCGUAAAGUAGGUUAGGCGUUUGCCGUUCAAGCCUUCCAACUCACUAAAUACAGUCACACAUCACUUUUUGGACGUCCCCCAACUCCGGACUAUCGAAAUUCCAAAUAAAAUUUAAAGCUUUCUACAUUCAGUUAA